GCUCUAUAACACCUGGGCAGAUCAUCUUUUCAGUUCAGAACAGUUUAGUACGCUGAAGAUACCAUGGAUCAUAUAGAACGUGCACUGCUGGUGCUAAACUUAUUGUUGUUGUUUCUCAGCACAGUAGCCAAUGGUGGAUUCCUAAAAAACAAGCCAGUUGAGGAGGAGGAGUACAUUCGUCUUGAUUUGAAUCAUAACACUAGGAUUGUCCGAGAUGAAACAAAACCUUCUAAAACAUUUGAAAGAAUGAACGAAGUAAACCAAGACCUUUCUCCUAGCGGGAUUAUAAAAAGCUCUCGAGGGAAAAGGGAGUCAAACAAGAACAAACUGCUGUUUAGAACGGAGAAGUUAGUUGCCGCUGGACAGGGGAAAAGUGUGUUAAAAACCAAGGAUGGAAUGAAACAGGCUGUUGCAGGAUGUAUCAACCAAUCUUGUUCCAAGGAUGGAAUGAAACAGGCUGUUGCAGGAUGUAUCAACCAAUCUUGUUUGGACAAUUUGAAAAAAUUGCAAUUCUGGAUUAAAGGAGAUUUUGCCAAUGCGGAAAAGAGGUUCAAACGUUAUGAGAAUUUUGUAAAGAUAACUGAGAAGAAGUUUAACACCUCUAACUUCCUAAAUGCUUCAAUGAAAGCUCUCUUACAUGCUAUUGGUGAAAAGGAAGCUGUUACGAAUGGAACACCCAUUUGUGGUGGACAAUAUGACACAGAAGAUGGACAAAAGGGAUUGGUCCACUAUCUGAACAUGAGUUAUUGCGAGAGUAAUAUUACUGAACAGUGCGUAAAUCCUGCAGGUUCAGAAGCCAAUAGGACAGCUGUUCAAGAAUGUGUUAACCUACGAGAAGAUAUGAAGACCAAAUAUGAUGAUUGUUUAAAUCAACCUCAAAGCAUAUGUUCGUGUGUGAGCCAAAUUGCCGACUAUCCGGCAAAGUAUAAAAACUGCAGUGAUCUAAGUGUUCAAUUGGAAGCAGAAGCAAAGGACGCCAGAACUGUGUGCAAAGAAAAGUUUGCUGAAUGUAAGAAGCUUGAAGAUGGAUCAAUUGGUUAUAUUGCUAAAUGUUACACAUCAGCUGAAAAUCUGAAUCUAACCUUGACAUCCUUGAAGGUGGCUGAGGAUAAGUUAGAAAAAGUUACAACUAAAAUAGACAUGAUCCUAAACGGAACUGCUAGAACGAAGAGAAACCUGAUUAAAGCGACAGAAUUAGAAGUAGUUAACACCCUUUCAGUUAUCACGGUUAGAACAACAAGCACAGCCAACAUCGAUUUGAUUGGAAGAGAUGAAACUUUAUUCUCCGUGGCGAAAACAUUUCUCUCAUAUACUCAAGUUAUAGUUUCCAGCUCUGUCAGAGUACAAAUUCUACAGAAUAGGGUACAACUGCAAGUUAUCAUUGUAAGGAUUAAAGCCAGAAUCCAAAAUAUCAAAAGCAUGUUAAAACAGCAAUACAAUCUUGAACCAGACAAUGCUUUUGUUACUUUAAUUAUACCACCCCGAGUCCCAGACUCUUCUACUACUACUACUACUACUACUACUACUACUACUACUACUACUACUACUACUACUACUACUACUACUACUACUACUACUACUACUACUACUACU